AUGGCUGCAAAUAUAACUGUAAGAUACAGCGUUCCGUGUAUGCUGCAAAAAGCCUGGCUUGGAGGUCCAACUUACAAGGACUUUCUACGCUACAAUCAACUUAUUCUCAUCACGAUCCUCGGUUUGCCGGUGUGUGUGGUUGGCAUAUUCACCAGCGGUCUUAGCAUCUGCAUGUUCGGUCGAGACAAGACAACGCCCCGAACAACCCGCAAGCUCCUGAUCGUUUUAUCUGUGCUUGAUGUCCUGUAUCUCCUCCUCUCGAUGCUUGUAUUCCAACCAAUGAAUUUUUGUGGUCGGAACUGUCCCCAGCAAAUGCCGCUUUUAACCAGCAUCAUUGUUCCGCUCGGGACUAUUCUCGAAUCCUUCAGGAAUUGGUUGGUUGUACUGAUUGGCGUGGAACGCUUCCUAGUCAUCUGUUUCCCUGUUCGCAGUAAAGUGUGGUGGACUGGGGCGAUAACUAAUCGCCUGAUAGCUGUCUGUUUUGGAUUUUCCAUUCUAGUUCGGAUUCCACUCAUCUCCUUCACGGCAAUCGAGAACGUGAGACCGGAGUGGUCGGCAGUGAAGUCACGGUUUUGGCAACUGCACUGCUUCACCGACAGCAUCCUUGUCACUUUAGUCCCGUUGAUAAUUCUAAUUGUCUGUAGUGUGCAAAUUGGGCGUGGUCUCCGGCGUUCAGGUCGUUUUCGUAGGGGACAGGGGGAACAUCCGCAGCUGCAGACUGCGUCGAUCGAUUGUCAAAAAGAUGGCAUCCAAUCCGACUGCAUUGUUCUACGAUGCCUCAAACUAACUCGUGGCCUACUCAUUGUUAUCAUCACCUUCGCUCUGUUCAUGCUGCCUCUGAGUAUACUUCAGCUACUUUCGCUUCACUUUUUGCGUCACCGCACUUGCGUCUACAUGGUCAGUCUUAACAUCUGCUCUUAUUUGGUGGCACUUGGCUCUCAGAUUAACUCGACGGCAAACUUUUUUGUCUACAUUGUCUACUGGGCCAAGUACCGGAGGAUGCUUAGGCAGAUGCUGGGCUGCCAACACGCGCCCGAAAUCGUGUCAGGUAACACGGAGUUAACAAGUGGCCAGCACUAA